AUCUUGAUCCUCUACGGAUGGUCAAUCAUAAUCUUACAUUUUGUAAAAAGUUUUAUACAACUGGUCCCUGGGAGUAGAAGGUCUUGAAUAGAAGAUGGUCCGAUAGAGUUUAUGCCUCUUUCUCUGCUCGCGUGUUCCCUGACCCUCGGGCUUUCGAUGAUGAUUCAUCAUUGGUGAUGAUAAGAUGAAAAUUUUAAAAUAUUCUCAUUAAUAUUCGCGAUUUAAUUGACGAACAAAUUUGGCGGGAAUUUAGCGACUGCGUCAAUGAUAUCAGUAAUCAGUAUCAAACUACUGUUGUGCUCCGCUUGUUUAAAACCUAAAACAGUGUAAAUAUGAGUUUGUGGGUCGACAAAUAUCGUCCAAGUUCCCUGGCAAAGUUAGAUUACCACAAAAAUCUAGCUGCACAUCUCAAGAAAUUGGCUCACAGCAAAGAUUUCCCCCACCUCAUGUUUUAUGGACCCUCUGGAUCUGGCAAGAAAACAAGGAUAAUGUGUGUUUUAAGAGAACUUUAUGGUCCUAGUGCAGAGAAAUUGAAAAUUCAGCAACAAACCUUUACUACACCAUCAAACAAAAAGAUCGAAAUUUCAACUAUUGCUAGUAACUAUCAUAUUGAAGUAAAUCCAAGUGAUGCUGGAAUAUAUGAUCGAGUUGUAAUUCAAGAUCUUAUAAAAACAGUAGCACAGUCUCACCAGCUGGAUUCUGCUUCGCAGAAAGAAUUUAAAGUUGUUCUCCUUACGGAGGUUGACAGACUCACGAAAGAUGCACAGCAUGCUCUAAGACGAACAAUGGAGAAAUUCACAGCAACUUGUCGCUUGAUACUCUACUGUAAUUCAACCAGCAAAGUUAUUCCUGCCAUCAGAAGUCGUUGUCUUGGAAUAAGAGUCUCGGCUCCCUCUCAUUCAGAGAUUAGUCAAAUCUUGCAUUAUGUGUGCAGAAAAGAAGGACUUACAUUACCAGAUAAACUGGCUCAACGCAUUGCAGAAAAAUCUGGAAGAAACCUUAGAAAAGCAUUACUUAUGUGUGAGGCUUGUAGAGUACAACAGUACCCAUUCAGCGAAGAUCAACAAAUACAAGAAGCCGACUGGGAGGUUUACCUUAGAGAAACUGCUCAAUUGAUUGUGGAAGUCCAAUCUCCCAAACGACUCCUGGAGGUUCGAGGAAGACUGUACGAGUUGCUGACUCAUUGUAUCCCUGCGGAUGUAAUAAUGAAGGGUCUCGUUCAACAACUGGUGACAAACUGCGAUGGAUCAUUAAAAGCAGAAGUGGCCCGAAUGGCAGCAUUUUACGAACACAGACUACAACGCGGGAAUAAAGUCAUCUAUCAUUUGGAAGCAUUUGUAGCGAAAUUCAUGAGUACUUAUAAACGUUUCCUGGAGGAAGGAAUGUUAGAUAUGUUUCUUUAAAACGUUAUAGACAAUAGUAUAGAUGUUCGCAGUGCAACGGCUAUAUAUUCUAUAUAAUUUUGUUGUGCACUGUAAUCUUCAAUGGCGCUACAAGAAGUGAACGGAGAAAGGAGAAAUCUGAUUCCAUGGUCAUGGAAAAUAUGGACAACUUCGUGAAUUAACUUUAUAUCGGCUUUAUUAGGAUGAAUAAAAUAAGUUUGCCUUUUAUACUGUAACAAUUAUUUCAUAAUCACAAUGUUUUCAUUUGAGUUAUCAUAUACUUAAGAAGCAUUAUAUAAAUAAUUUCAUAAUCUAAA